AUCCUCAAAUAUCCCUGCAGUCACAAAGUGGACACCCAACUUGGGUGACUAGCUGGAUGUCUGACAAUUGUAACAUUUGCAGGAGUUUGAACAGAUUAGGUGGUUUAAGUCUGUGGAAAGAAUCGAUCCCUGUGAAGUGAGGAACAGGAACACAGCCAAAGCACUUCAUCUGAGUGGGAAAUGGGGCGCAUAGAGUGGGCGAUGUGGGCAAACGAGCAGGCACUAGCGUCUGGGCUAAUUCUUCUGACUGGAGGAAUCGUGGGUGUGGCAGGGCAGUUUAACAAAUGGGAGUUUGCUGCCUAUGGAGUAGCUGCGGGAGUUUUUAUUUGCCUGCUUGAAUACCCAAGAAGCAAAAGGAAAAAGGGAUCAACCAUGGAGAGAUGUGGUCAGAAAUACUUGACGUCAGUGGUGAAGCUGUUUGGCCCUCUUACUAGGAAUUACUAUGUCCGAGCCAUUCUGCAUGCAGGGCUUGCAGUUCCAGGAGGAUUUAUGCUACCUACCGUCCUUGGCACAGCUUGUCUUGGAAUUGCUAGCAUUAUAUAUUUCUUGGCUGCAGUUCUUGGUGAAGAAUGGAGACCAAUUGAAGCCAAGCAGGCAGCAGAGAAAAAAGGGCAUCCUGCUCCAAGCAUGAAAGCACCUCCUGAGAAUCCUCCACCACGACCCCCAGCUGAGAUGAGGAGGAAAUGGACUGAUGGAGUACCUCCAGAGACUUGCCAUGUCAACCCUGUAGCCAUCACUGAUGCAGAUGUGUGAAAUUCCAGAAGGCCAUUACCAAGGAUGAGGGACCAUGUGUUAUAAAUCUACUCCACGAAUGUGUGAAUCCUCAGGUUUAGAUGAAGCAGCUAUGCUUAAAAACUAAAUUACCUGCUGUGGCUUACCUUUUAUGCCUUCUGUCACUGAUCAUAACUUGUCAUGUUUUGAUGACCACAGUUCACCACUUGUAGUUUGCUUAGUUAUAUUCCUUUGACCAUGCUGAUGUUUUAUUAGGUGAAGCAGAGUAGACUCCGACUCCCUUGAUGCCCCAUGUAGUCUGACAGUUAUAAUGAGUGAUACUUUACCAUCCUGCAGCAUCAAGGGGAUGUGUCUUUUGCAUAUUCUAGUUUACUGCGUUUGGUUUUGUCUUGCAGUUGGAUCUCUUGUGGUGUAAGAGCUUGUUAUAUCUGAUGCUGAUGCUUGCUUUUAAUAUUGUGGCCUGCUGUCAUCCUUGAUGUUUCCUUCCGUCUUAAAAAGUACUUCCUUUACAUGCGCUGUGAUUACACUGCACUUUAUUGAGCCUGUUAGAUCAUAAAGCACUGUAAGGAUGCAUGUCAAGUCAUACUGCACUGCAUAAUCUUAUCCAGUGAUGACUUCAUCAGAUAGGAAGCAGUGGCCACUGCACAGUAAAUUUGUGGUCAGCCUCAGUGAUGUUACACAUUGAUAUGUGCACAUUUCAUUCUGGUAUACUCGCAUCCCAUUCAUUUCAUAGUGCUUGCUGUAGGCUGCUUUUCCGCAUUUAGCCCUGUGGUCUAGAGUUGACAUUGAUGUUCCCCAGUGCCAUGAAAAGUUAGAGAACUUUGCAUGUUGCCUGGUAGCUCAUCAUGUCUACCUUUUGUGGCUAUGUGUUUUCUCUGGUGACUCUAGGAUAAAAGACUACCUUUAUGCUGGGUUAGGCUUGUUCAGUUACAUUACGGAAUUGACUCGAUUUGUAUGUUCAUAGGUUCUUAGGUGUGUACUAGACUGUUGGUGAGUUUUUAAGCCUAACAGGUUCUUAGGUGUGUACUAGACUGUUGGUGAGUUUUUAAGCCCAACAGGUUCUUAGGUGUGUACUAGACUGUUGGUGAGUUUUUAAGCCUAACCCUGCAUUCCAAUUUUCUGACAAGUUUAUAUUUGAAGGAAAAAACUUGUCUUUACUAUAUUUGUAUAAAAUAUUAUCUUUUAAUACUUUACUAUAGUUAAAUGUAUAGUCAAAUGAUUUUCUAUUCCAUUUUUGUAUUAUAUUUUCUUAGGUACUUUUAAAUUUCUAUGGAGUGUAGGUCAUAUUUUGCGUAGGAGCCAUCCAUCAGAUAAAAUAAUGGAAAUGUUUAAAACAAUUCUUCUGAGUGAUGUAAAUGUGCUUUAUUGUAAUAUAAAGAAAGCAUUUAUGGAGUCUGAGCUGGUUGCAUCUUUGUAAACAUCUGCCAGAUUGGGCUUAGGUCAGUUCUGGGUCGAUGUCUGCAUUCUGUCUUGAGUUGUGGUAACACCUGUAUUAUAUCUAAUAUAACUGAAGUCCAAAAACUGAGAAUAACUUAACAUCCUUGUGAAGUAAAACCAAAAUAAUCAUCAGGCAGUAUUUAAAAGCCCAUUGUUCAUUUUAAAUGUGUGUUUUUUUGACUACUUGAGUACAUUCUGUAUGAUUUAUCCAAAUGCUAUGAAUUUAAAUAUUGUAAUUGUUCAUGUUAACGUUUCUUGCUUAUCACACAGUACUGAGCCUGUGUGUGUUUUAAUUACUGCAUACACAGUAAGGGGAGUGAGCAUACAAUGUCUGCUAAAUUAUUUAAUUUAUUUUUAUUGAUUUUAUUGAUUGAUAAAGUUGUAGCUUUUGUAUCUUUUUAGAUGUAACUGCUGCAAACAUGGUAAGCUAUUUUUUUCUGCUGUUUUGCUCCAUUUUUUGGCAGUGUGAUGUAGUGCUAAUUAAAUUGUUGCAAAGCAAAAUAAAAUAUUUUCUCUAA